AUGUCAGACGAUAGUUCUGGUGAUGAAGAUAUCAAGUUUCGACCAGCCCCCAUCAGAGCGGAACAACCGACAUCUGUUCAACCAGAAAAGCGUCAACCAGCGGAAGUUGUUACUCUAGAUGCAAUUGUUCUAAAUAUUUAUAUUAAAUUUGACAAAGAUAAACAUGUCGAAGCAUUAGUAAACGAAUUAAUGAUGCCAAAUGUUCAUCUUCCAAAAGGUCCCGAUGGAAAGCAUGUUUCGAUACUUCAUCAAUAUGCACUCGAAUCAACACGUGAAUCAAUCGAUAUGAGUAAUCAAAGCGAGCGUUUGACCUAUCAGCCGAAUUUAUUUACACGAAAAAAUGAUGCAUUUGGACCGUGGAACUUCAAUUAUUUACUCACACUGUUAGCACUCGAUUAUCAAUGUGAUCAAACGGAUCGAAAUCAAUUUCCUCCUGUAUGGAAAACGAAUUCGGCAACAAAAGUUCGAGUAAAUAUUAUCAAAUACUAUCAAAGAAAUAUGGCCAAUGCGACUACAACUCAAGCUUCAACAACACCUUCUGAGAAACAAAAUGAUGCCACUCUCGAAGGUUUCUUUAAAAUUAUUUGUCGACAAAAUCAACGCAAUGAAAACAAUGCUAAAACUUGGCGGGAAGCUUUUGAAGCUGAAAGUAUCGCUACUGUUGAUCAUCUUCGAAAUGCAGUGGCUAAUGAAAAAGCUUGGGAAAGUAUUCAAUCGGUCAAAUACAUAGUUAAACAAAUGAUAAGAGAUUAUGUACAAAUGAAUGAUCCUUCGACGCUAUUGAAUCCGACAGCAAAUAUUUACGAAGAUUCUGAUGCGACAUUAUUCGGAGAUAUUCAUCGAAUUCGACGUUAUUUUCAUCAUAUUACUAAAACAGCAAAAUAUAUUAGUUAUCUUGAUCAUCGUGCUGUCGAUAUGGCUAUUGUUGAAAUACGAAAAACCUAUGAUGAUGAUGGAAAUGUAUUAGACAAUAUUCAUGACUAUUUGAGAACAUUUUGUCUAAAAGAUAGAACAAUUGAUAUGGAAGCCCAUGAAAAGAGAAGACAAGAAUGGACUGAUGAAAAAGAAAAAUUGAAAAGAGAGAAUGAAAAACUUCGUAAAGAAGUUUCAGUACUUGAACAAGAGGCUAAAGGAGCACGAACACAAGUUGAAGUGUAUACAAAACGAUUAAUAAAUGCAGAAAAAGAAAAACAAAGUGUCUUGACUGAAGCCGAAAGACUAACCACCAAAGCAGCCACUUUAGAUCGAAGUACAGCAUCGGCAACUUGGUCUACACAACGAGAACAGGCAAAAGAAAAGAUCAACAAAGCGAACAAGGGUGUUCAAACUGCGAAGGAUCUACUUGAACGAGCACAAGCUAAACUGGCAGAACAUACGGAACCAAUGCGUCGAAAGAAAAAUACAAUUGUUGAAAAUGAAGAAAAAAUUCGAAAUCUCGAAGCUUUUCUAAAAGUCAAUCCAGAAGAAGCACAAAAAAAAAUAAAAGUCAAAUUUGGAAGAGGAUUGCUACUCUAUGGACCGCCAGGAACAGGUAAAUCUGAACUAUUAAAACGUGCAGCUACAUUUGCCGGUAUUACAAUGACAACAACAGCUCUAGCUGCUGGUGAAUUGAAUCGUCCAUAUGUUGGUGAAACUGAACGAUUACUUGUUGAUAUAAUGUAUCGAUCGAAUACAAUUCCAUAUUUGAUUUGUGCAAUGACAAUUGAUGAAAUCGAUGGACUUGUUCCAAAACGAACAAAUAAUGCUCAGCAAUCAAAAGUUGAUGGAAUUAGUGUUUUACUAUCUCAUAUUGAAGGUGUAAAAAAUAUUCCAAAUUUAAUUGUACUUGGCGCAACUAAUCGACGAAAUAUGAUGGAUGAAGCAUUUCUACGUCGUAUGCAAGCGAAAUGUUUUGUUGGUCGACCAUCACCACAAAUUCGAAAGAAAAUGCUUGAACCAUUAUUAUCUGUCGAUGCAAAUAUAUUUACUAGUAAAUGUAUGGAUUUUCUUGUGAAAAUAACAACAAAUUUUAGUGGUGCUGCUGUUGGUGCACUUAAAUCAAGCAUUAUUGUUGCCAUGGAUACUUAUCAAGCUUCAGGUUUAACGGAAAAGAUAUUUCUUGAUUUAGCUGAUAAUGCAGCACGAGAAUUUAGUUGUUGGUUUAGCUUUGGAACGUUACCAGAAAUUUGUCGUCUUUAUCCAAAUAUAUUUUCAUCAAAUGAUCAACAAGAAAAAUAUUCACUCAAAUUACCGAAUAGUUUUCCAACAGGUCGUAUUCUUGUUGAUUUACAAGAUCGAAAGUGUUUGAUUGAAUUAAAAGAUGAAGCAACAGUUGAUGAUGAUUUAGAUUUCGAAGAAACAUCAACAAUGACAUUACUUUCAAGAUUUAUUAACGGUUGUUCAAGUCGAAAUAUAGAUACAAUUCAAAUAAUUGAUUUGAAUUUUCUAACAAAAAAUAAUGCAUUCGAAGAAAGUCAAAUAUUUGAAUUGUUAACAACUACAUUCGAAGGUAAGCAAUUAUGA